AAUUCGCCCUCUUCUGUGUGGUAUCGGUCGUGGCCGUGGCCGCCGCGGCCGUAUCCGUCAUCUUCUCGAUAUCGUCGAUCUCUGUUAGCGAGACCGCAGACGACAGCUUGCUACGUUUGCCACCAACAAAGUUAAGCACCGCCGUGUGCUCGGCGGUUGUCCUCUUCACCUGCUGUGCUGUGCCCAGAACCUGGGUACCUCCGAGUCUAGACAUAUGCGCGCAUCACACGGCCGCUGGCCCUCGGCAUCGAUGGUUUAAAGUCACUCGUUUAUUUGUCGUUCCUCCGUGAAGCACUUCAAAGCUAAAUAAACGAAAUAUCGUAUCUUACACUUCCCACUUCUCGCACGCGCGGUAGUUUUCUUUCUUUUUUCCUUUUCCUUUUUUUCUUCUUUUUUUUUUUUUUUCUAAUCAGGUACCUUUUCGAUACAACUUUCGAGAAAAAGAAAGAAAAAGAGAAAGAGAAAGAGACAGAGAAAGAGAGCGGAAAAGCUCUUAUUUAUCCCCCGAUAUGGACGUACUCUACAUGCAUAUAUGUGACGGAUCUCCCGAGAGACAAUUGCCUACCGACGAGAGACGUCUCGACUGCGCGUGCGCGUCGAUAUUGCGAUAUUAACGUUACUCUUUUCGUUAUUAUUUCGCUGAUUUUUCAAACGUAAUUCAAUUUUCGUUUUGUUCAAAAAACAAAUUUCUCCCCUACGAAUUUAUUCAUUUGUUCCUCCUUCGUUUAUUAUAUUCACAAUUUUUCUUUAGCUAUUUUUAUUUUUUCUCUCUUUUUUUUCCUUUUUCUUGCCUUUUUCAAUCCCUUAACUCGAAAAUGUAUCAUCAAUGUCUUCGAACUUAUUAUUUUGCAAAUGUCAAAAGAUGAAUGUCGAUGAUCAUCGACAUGAGAAAAUGUUCGCGAUUAUACAAAGUUUGAUCAUCUUUUAUCGUCCUAAUUCAAUGUAUCAUGAACAAGGAUUUUAAGUGAGCAUAACGUUUCUAUGACGUUAUACAUACCCCAUAUAAUAAUGAUGUAUCACAAUGACACAAUGUUAUUUAAGUUUUUAACGAAUUCGAAAUGAAUUAAAAAUAAAUCUAUUGAGAUCGAAUGCACAUAAAACUAGCGACUUUUUAAGAAGUUGAAAUCACUUUGUAACGAAACGAUGAUAAUUGUCACUUUUAUUGACGAGUUAACAUACUUUCUACAUCGUUCAUAAAUUUAUGUACACCUUGUGAUUUGUGUGAUUGAAAAUAGAGCUUUGAAUAACGAAGAAUGCCUCCAAAGAAGAACGCCGGCGGUAAAGCUGGUAAAUCCAAAGGUUCGGAAGAAAGUGGAAAAGGAGAAAAAGCAGAAAAAAAAGGUGGAACUACUGUAAAAGUUAGGCACAUAUUAUGUGAAAAACAAUCCAAGAUAUUAGAAGCUAUGGAAAAGUUAAAAGCUGGACAAAAAUUUAAUGAAGUGGCAGCAACAUAUAGUGAAGAUAAAGCACGAUCUGGGGGGGAUCUUGGAUGGAUGACACGUGGUUCGAUGGUUGGUCCAUUUCAAGAAGCAGCUUUUGCAUUGCCCAUUUCUAAUUUAAGUUCUCCCAUUUAUACGGACCCACCAGUUAAAACGAAGUUUGGUUAUCAUAUAAUAAUGGUAGAAGGUAAAAAGUAAUCUUAUAGCAGUAAGAUUUCAUUUAUAUUCAUUUGAUUGUUAAUAUACAAUAUUAUUAAAAGUUUUUUUUACAUAGUA